UUCGAAGAUCGCCUCAGAUCGCCCGAUGGGGUUCCCAUGGCGAUUGUCCCGGUGACCGAGUGGCCCGAGGGCGCCUCCCUCGGUGACGCGGAGGUGGAUGCGCUCCACGUGGCGCAUCAUGCGCAGCCGCGGCAGGUGCUCGGCUGUCACAGGCUCAAGAGCCAUGAGAGCAAUGAAGAGGGCGAUCUCUUUGUCUUCCGCGUCUGGCACCAGUCGUUAGAAAGGGACUGGGAGGCCGAAGACUUGGAGGUUCUGUUGCAGUUGGAGGGUGUUUCUCCGCCGGUGCCCAUGCGGCGACGCUGUGCUUGGCUAUAUGAAGCUGUCUUGCGACUGCCGGCUGAUUGGAUCCCGGACGAAGACGACGCGGCCCAAGCUCCUGUGGGAGGUGUGCUGCGCCUACCCAGAUAUCAGGUCUUGAUCCCUGAGCAGGAUCAUCCUCUCCAUGAUGCCUUUGGCUAUGUUGGCUUCUUGCUUGCAGAGGUGGAGAUCGACCAGUUUCAAAGCGGACAUUUCCUGCACGUCGCAGAUGCCUUGGGGUGUCACUGCGUGUGUGCAGGUGGAGUCUACGGCCUUCGCUUUGCCACCUGGGCUCCGCGCGCGGUCUUCGUGAGCGUGGUUGGAGAUUGGAACAACUGGGACGGCCGUGCUUGUCCGAUGGCGAAGCGCUUUCGCGCGGGCAAAGAUGGUGGCUUUUGUGGUCUCUGGGAGAUCUUUGUGCCAUUUGGCGAACUCUCUGACGUCCCCUUUGGCCAGAAGUAUGGCUUCAAGAUCCAUACCUUGGCGGGGACAGAUCUGGUGAAGAUGGACCCCUAUGCCCAAGAGAUGGAAGUGCCCAGCGACUUGUACCACAGCCCUGUCUUCAAUGCUUCGGUGAUCAGCAGCUGUGACGACAGUUAUCGCGCCAAACCCUUCGAGUGGAGUGACGAAGCAUGGAUGCAGGCAAGGGAAGAGCGCGGGCAAGUGAACACCGCCCUCCUGCAGCCGAUGGCGAUUUACGAGGUGCACCUAUCCUCCUUCCGCCGUGGUGCCAAUGGGGAGUUGAUGAACUACCGGGAUAUGGCGAAGCAGCUUGUGGAACACGUCAAGGCGCUGAACUUUAACUGGGUGGAGCUGAUGGCUUUGGCGCAUCAUCCUUUUCAAGGCUCUUGGGGCUACCAGGUGAGCGGGUACUACAGUUGCUACUCGCUCUUGGGAUCGCCCGAUGACCUGAAGUACCUCAUCAAUCAGCUCCACGAGGCCAAGAUCGGUGUGAUCAUGGACUUCGUACCGGCGCACUUCUGCAAGGACGCCUGCAGCUUUGGCGAUUUCGAUGGCACCGCCACCUUCGAGUACGAGGACCCCCGUGAAGGCGAACAAAGGCAAUGGGGCACCAAGGUCUUCAACUUCCGCCGGAACGAGGUCAGGAGCUUCCUCCUGGGAGCGGCGCUGUUUUGGGCCGACAGAUACCAUAUCGAUGGAUUUCGCUGUGAUGCGGUCUCCUCCAUGAUCUACCGGAACUUCGGGAAGUCGGAGGGCGAGUGGAUCCGCAACGAGCACGGGGGCGACAGCAACCUGGAGGCGGUGUCCUUACUCCGGGAGCUCAACAACUCCAUGAAGGAGUUUUGGCCUGGUGUGAUCAUGAUCGCUGAAGAGUCGACCGCCUGGGAAGGUGUCACUUCUUUGAGGCCAGCAAGCUCGUCGCUGGGCUUUGACCUGAAGUGGGACUUGGGUUGGAUGAAUGACACUCUCAUCUAUCUUGAGGAGCCCGCUUGGAACAAGCCAUCGAACCACGACAAGCUCACGUGGCGUGCCACGUACAUGCAGAACGAGCGCUAUGUGGUGCCUUUGUCGCAUGAUGAGGUGGCGAACAUGAAGGGCAGCAUGAUCGAAAAGAUGGGGAAGAAGGAGAAUCUGGGCUUCUACGAGCGAGUACGUUUGCUGUGCGCUUUGUACGGCUACCAAGCCUCCGGAUGUGGACGACCCCUUCUGUUCAUGGGUCAAGAAUAUGGCCAGGGCCGAGAAUGGAACUGCUAUCAAUCUCUGGAUUGGCACGAGGGAGAGGAGCCUGUGCGGCGAGGCCUAUGCGUUUGGCUGAGUGAUUUGAUGGCGGUCUACAAGUGCCAUAAGCCUUUGCACAUGGGAGAUGAUCAGCCGCACCAGCGACAGUUCCCAGUGGGCUGCAAGAGCUUUGAGUGGGUCGAAAACAACCCUGGAGCCUGUGUCAUUGCCUUCUGCCGCCACUGGAAGGGGGAACGGCCUGUGAUGACCAUUUGCAACUUCGGAAGUCAGUAUCAUCAUGGAUAUACCAUCGGCAGUCCCUAUUGGGGAGGCCCGUGCCCAGCGGGCGGAAAGAGAGAUCAUCAGCCCUAGCGACAUGAGAGCGAAACGCGAACAGUCGGGGCUUGGUUCUUUUGUGAGCUAUUGGGAGCGAUCGGACGCUACGAUCGGGGCUCCUGGCAUCGCUACUAACGCUACUAGUUGCCCCUUUAACGAGCCGGACGCGACAGCCGAUGUGAACUGGAUGCUUGCCGGUCGUGCCGGAGGCUGGGAGGUGCUGUUGAACUCGGACGAUGGCCGCUACGGUGGCCGUGGAGGCGGUCCUGGCAACUCUGCAUGGAUCUGGAGUGGCCAGGCGCGGCCGGACUGCAGCGAUUCGCUGACCUUGGACUUGCCCGCCUGCAGCUGUUUGGUGCUGUUGGCGCCCGAGAAGUUCCAGGAGUUCAAGGCCACCCGCCCGCCCGCGGGGAUCAAUACCACGGAUCUCAGCUGCGCGGACGUCGAGUACGGCUUGGCCGAGAUCGGCUUCUGACGCGGAGAGCGUCCCAUCGGCUUCCCCGCAGCGCUGACGAGUUGGGGGCGAUUGGUUAAAGAGAGGUUUCGUACGU